AUGUACGUAGCCCGUUCCCUCCUUGUGGCUUGUGCUGCGCUCCUUGCUGCCCCUCAACUCGCCCAGGCCAAUGCCGUUAAAGAUGCUGCUGGUGCUCUGCGCCACUGCACUGGCCUGAACUUUGGCUCCUGGGAUGAGCACAGUCUCCGUGCCUUUUUGCUUGACCGCGGCAUCGUCGCGCCUGCUUCCAACUCGGAGAAGCUCGCCCAGCUCGCAAAGAAGGAUUGCGAAGAGCUGGCUCGCAACUUUGAGUCCGGUAAAGGCUCUAUGCGCAAGAUUGCCUCCCAGGACUGGAGCACAGCCCUGAGUGCCGCAAGCUCGAUGCAGAGCGCCGUGAGCUCGAUGCAAAGCAGCGCGUCCGUGGAGGCAAAGCGUUCGUACACGCAGGUGCAGAAGGGUGCCAAGAAUGCCGCGUCUAUGGCCUCGAGCGCCAUGUCGUCCGCCUCGAGCACAGUUUCUAAAGGCGGUGCUGGUGUCGGUGCCGAUGCCUCGCGCUACAGUGCCUCGGCCAGCGCUGCGCUUUCUGACCUUUACGACCGUGCCUGGACUAAGCUUGAGGACUCGAAGGACUAUGCGUACAGCCAGUGGAGCGUGGACGAGUUGAAGAAAUGGCUCCAGAGCCACGGCGUUGCCCUUCCUCAGUACGUCAUGACCCGCGAGGAGCUGCUCAAGAUGAUUCGCGAGCCGUACACCAAGGCACACCAGUCCAACCCCUACGAACUCUUUUCCACCGACUAUUUGCACAACUGGCUUGUCUCGCAUGGAUACAUUGAAUCCAACGCCCAGAAGAAGCGUCAUGAAUACGUCGACCUGGCCAAACGCUACUACUACUCGGUCCAGGAUUCCGUCUACGACACGUGGAAGGACUCGGAGCUGUACGACUGGCUCUACGGCCAUGGCUAUGCCAAGUCUAAGUCGAGCCUCGGUGAGACACGCGACCAUUACCUUAACCUCAUCCGCAACAAGUACUCCGAGGCGACCGAUGCGCUUUGGGAAGGCUGGAGCGAUAACGACAUGCAAACGUAUUUGGUCAAGCACGGCUACCUUAAGAGCGAUGCGCAGAAGAAGCGCGACGAGCUCGUGCAGCUGAUGCAAAAGCACGCUUCUGACGCUUCCGCCAACGCACACGAGUACGUGAGCUGGUCUGAUGCGCGUCUCCGUGCCUUGCUCCGCAACUAUGGAUUUCCGGUGAAUAAGCUGCCCGAAUCGCGCCGCGAAUUGCUGCGCCUCGUUCGUGCCUACUACAAGCCGAGCACCGUCUCGCAGUUGCGCAGCUCAAUCCAGUCUGGUGUCGACUGCUUGAAGAACUCUGUCUACCGCUUCCUCGGCGUCAACCAGAGCCCCUUGGGUCUGCAGACAGAGAAGUUCGCCUCGUACGCCAGCGAUGCAAGCAAGAGCGCGAGCAGCUUUGCGAAUAGUGUGCGCAACGAAUUGUAG